UUAAAUGAUUGUCUCUGCAUUCAAUUAUUACUGGUUUUAGUAAUACCUUAUUACCAGUGGCGGACUGACCAUUUGGAAACUCGGGCACUGCCUGAGGGCCCGGGGUCAGUAGGGGGCCCCAUGAGAUGCCCCUGGUACCUUUUUCAUAGGCUUUUUUGAGUUUUGGCAAGGACACAGGGGCCCCAUGAUCCCCUAUUGCCCAGGGGCCCCAUGAGUUGUCAGUCCGCCCCUGUUUAUUACUUAAGUUUUUUUUUGGGUGUGGGUGAGGACACAGGGGCCCCAU